GAUUGAAAUCAACCAGACAAUUCUGCUUUCAAUUUUAAAUUAGGAACUCAGAUGAUGUCUAAAGCGUUUAGUUCUGUAGAAGUCUUUUAUCCACCAGAAUCAGGAUCUUCCUUCUCUAAUCAGAACUUUCUGUGGGUGGAAGACUUUAGACUCAUCUCUAGGGCAAAUGUACAAUCAUCACCCCAUACUGGGGCUGAUUUGUGAUUAGAGGCGUCAUCACUGCCUGGACACUGCCUCCUACUGCUCACUCUGUCAGAAGCUGUUGAUGAUGAGUCCUUUUGGAAAAUAGAACAUCUUAAAAUGCCAGAUUUGCAUGUCGAAAUAAAGGAGAUGCAAAGAAUGAAGGCUAAGCGAAACACAGUGGAUCAAAAUUUUCAAAAAGAGAUGAGAAAACUGCAAAAUUAUAACCUUCAGCGAGCAACGUAUGAUACUUCUAAACGAAGGCAAAAACAUAAAUCUACACUGAUUACAGGCACACGUAGGCAAAAUGGGACUCCAUUUUCUCUUGGUCAUAUCCUUGCUAUAGCUAUAGCGAUCCGUUUCCUUGUUAUGUUAGCAAUCUGGGCUGCCGUAUUCACCAAUUCAUUAGUCAUCCAAGGAGUUUCAUUUCCUUCAAUGGAGUAUUACUGUGGCCCAUGUCCUAAAAACUGGAUAUGCUAUAGAAACAGCUGCUACCAAUUUUUUAACGAGAGCAAAAACUGGUACCAGAGCCAGGCUUCUUGUCUGUCUCAAAACUCCAGCCUUCUGAAGAUCUACAGCAGAGUGGACCAGGAUUUCCUUAAGUUGGUGAAGUCGUAUCAUUGGAUGGGACUCGUACAAAUUCCCAAAACUGGAUCCUGGCACUGGGAAGACGGCUCAGUUCUCUCCCCAGAUCAACUCACACUGGUGGAAAUGCAGAAUGGAAGGUGUGCUGUCUAUGGUUCAAGCUUUAAAGGCUACACAGAAAACUGUUCAGUCCCCUACUCAUACGUCUGCAUGCAGAGGAUUGUGUGAAGACUGAUUUUACCAGCUCAGCACAAUCUAGGAACAAAGGGUACAGCAGGAACCAAAAGAGAUUAUUCUGGAGAUGGAAGAUAGCUUGGAUUUAGCUUUCCCAGGUCUUGAACUUGCUGGCUACCUCUCACCCUUCCUUUUUUGUUAUUUCUCCAUUUGGGGUUGGGAAUGUCUAUGCAGCGCCUAUCACACCACCGCAUUUUAAAAUCAUAUGCCUCAUUUUACUUGACAAGUCCACAACUUGAAAAGAGUUUUGUCUCUCUUAACCAUAUCUGAUUUAGAUUAUAUUUGGAUGAAACCUUGGACUUAAAAUUCUAAAGAACUGAUCCAAGAAAGAGUCAAGACUAUUGAGAUUGUAAUUAUGUAUUCUUCCCUAUGAGAAGGAUUUGACUUUCAGGGUUCAGUGGUAGAAUAGUACAGAUGAAUGCUUGUGUUCCUCCAAAAUUUAAACUUGAAGCCUUAACUCCAAAUAUUAUGAUACUAAGAGGUAGAACUUUUGAAGGUGGUUUCUGUUAAGAGGAUAAAGCCAACAUGGCUGAGAUUAAUGCCAUAAAAAAAGGAACCUCAGCGAUUUCUCUCAUAUUUUUCUAUUUAUCAAGUAUUUUUCUAUUUAAGUACAGGCUACAAGAGGACUCUAACCAGAACCCUGCUAUGCCAGCACCAUGUUCUUGCUGUUUUUCAGAACCAUGAAGAAUAAAUAUCUGUUGUUCAUAA